GCCUAUUCUCUGUUGUCCUCUGCUCUAUUUGUUCCUCCUGGGCUUGGCUUCAGUGUGACCUCCUCUCUGCUCCAGGUAGAAAUUGUGAAGAACAGUCACUUUGGACAAGUACCACUCCACUUGGCGCUGUCUACCCUGAUUUGGCUCCCCUUAGACUUUCUGACUGCCUGAUGGAGGAAUUAUGUGUAAAGAAAACAGCUGCAGACAACUGACACCCAGAAACCACAAGUUUUUCUAAGUGUCAGAUCUGUACAGCACCCAAGACAGAACAAUGGCUUUAUCGCUGGAAGAAUUUGUCCAUUCCCUUGACCUACGGACCCUCCCCAGGGUCGUAGAAAUCCAGUCAGGCAUCUACUUUGAAGGGUCUAUUUAUGAAAUGUUCGGCAAUGAAUGCUGUUUGUCAACAGGGGAAGUGAUUAAAAUCACGGGUCUCAAAAUUAAGAAGAUCAUGGCUGAAAUUUGUGAGGAGAAUUCUGGAGAGUCUGAGUCUCAGAAGCCCUUUGAACUGCCCAUGAAUUUUCCAGGUCUAUUUAAGGUCGUGGCUGACAAAACUCCGUACCUUACAAUGGAAGAAAUCACAAGAACCAUUCAGAUUGGAUCUAGUAGACUAGGACAUCCUUGCUUUUAUCACCUGAAGGAUAUAAAACUAGAGAAUCUCACCAUAAAGCAGGGUGAGCCAAUAAGGUUCAACUCAGUCGAAGAGCUCCAUGGAGAAAUGCUGGUGAACUGCGGUGUGGUAAGGGAUCAUCAGAGUCACUCAUUUACUUUGCCACUGUCACAAGAAGGAGAAUUCUAUGAGUGUGAAGAUGAACAUAUUUAUACCCUAAAAGAAAUUGUUGAAUGGAAGAUCCCUAAGAACAGAACCCGGACUGUGAAACUUACGAAUUUCUCUAAUAAGUGGGACUCACCCAAUCCAUUCCCUGAAGGCUUUUAUGGUACUUUGAUUCUCAAGCCUGUUUAUGAAAUCCAAGGUGUGCUGAAAUUUCAAAAGGACAUAGUCCGGAUUCUCCCCAGUUUAGAUGUUGAAGUCAAAGAUAUUACCGACUCUUAUGAUGCUAACUGGUUUCUUCAGUUGCUGUCCACAGAAGAUCUUUUUGAAAUGACCAGCAAAGAGUUUCCUAUAGUAGCAGAAGUCAUCGAAGUAUCUCAAGGGGUCCAACUGCCCCGAAGUAUUUUACAGCCUGGGAAAACCAUUGUGAUCCACAAAAGGUGUCAGGCUUCAAGAAUCCUAGCUUCAGAAAUUCGAAGCAAUUUCCCCAAAAGACACUUCUUGAUCCCUAGUAGCUACAAAGGCAAGUUCAAAAGGAGACCCCGUGAGUUCCUAACAGUCUAUGACCUGCAGAUAUCUAAGACUGAGAAGGAAACUCUGCACGUGGUGGCCACCAAAGCCUUCCACACGCUUCACAAGGAGCUGUCCUCUGUGUCUGUUGGGGACCAGUUUCUAGUGCAUCAUUCAGAGACAACAGAGGUGAUCUUUGAGGGAACAAGAAAAGUGAAUGUUCUGGCCUGUGAAAAAAUCAUCAAUAAGUCCUACGAGGCAGUCCGGCUCCCUCUGUACAUGGAAGGAGGUUUUGUCGAGGUGAUUCAUGAUAAGAAACAGUACCAGAUUUCAGAGCUCUGUACACAGUUCCGCUGGCCCUUCAAUGUGAAGGUAUCCGUGAGAGACCUCUUCAUUAAAGAUGACAUUUUGGCAGCUACCCCAGGACUGCAGUUAGAGGAGAAUAUCACAGACUCCUACCUACUUGUUAGUGACUUUGCCAAUCCCGGGGAAUGUUGGGAAAUUCCUAUGGGCCGAUUGAAUAUGACUGUUCAGCUAGUUAGUAGUAGUAAUCUGUCUGUAGAUCCAGGGACAAUUCAAGUCAGGACUCUGGUAGAAGAGAUAACAGAAGAACAAUAUUACAUGAUGAGGAGGUAUGAAAGUUCUCUUUCACAUCCCCCACCUCGCCCUCCCAAACAUCCCUCAGCAGGGGAAACGAAGUUAACCUUGCUCAGUUUAGCAGAAGAAAGAACAAGGUAUCUGCCCAAAUCUCCCAAGAGUCACCAUGCAGAUAGAGCCAAGAAACUUCAUCAAGAUCAAGGUGGCCUGGAUUCGAGUACAACAGUUGGUUUUCAGAAUGAUGUGUCUGAUAUGGAGAGACCAACGGGCAAGCAUGGGCCAUUGCAAUAGCAAGCACCAACAUGACUGCAGAACUCUUCAAAACUGAAAAACAUCAAAAGUAACAAGAUGUGAUGGGAGCCACUUGGACAAUGAGCAUAAAUGUUGCAAUGGAAAAGGAAACCUCGUCUUCUAGCUGAAAAACAACUAUUCCCCAUUGGACUCUAGAAGAAUCUGGACUGACCACUAAAAAGACAAAAAUAAGCUUAAAAGUUUUAACGUAUAAAGCUCAAAGAAAGACCUAUGAUAUGGAAUUUAAAUUGUCUUUUCUGAUUCCUGAAACACACACAUGCUGUUUCCUUGUUGCUUAAGACAUAUCUAUUUAAUGUGCAUAUUUUUAUGUUUCUUACUUUUGCUAUCAAUAAUUAGCAAAUGGAAAUAAUUUUACAUUUCAAUUAUUGAGUAAAAUCCUAUUUUAAAAGUCUAAACUCUUACUGAAUUUUCACCUUUUUUCUAACAAAUUUCUUCCCAUUUUUCUAGUUUUAUCAUUAUUUCUGCUGAGACUCAAGGAAAAUUAAUUACAUCUGAGAAUGACUUAAAGUGCCCAAGUUUCUUCUCUGGUUCCCUGGGAACUGUGAAAGGAGUUUGACCUCGCAGUUUUAAUUUGUUUUAUAAAUACACUGUAAAUAAAUGUCAAGUCUCAAUGGCAAAAGUCAUUAUGAGUCAAAGAACCUUUUCUGACCUCCUCCUUCUAAUUCUAAAAGAGAGAGCUCUUGGCUGAAUCAUCACCCAGGUUUUGAUAAUCCGCCUUGUAUUUUAUGUACUAUAUUCUCCACAAUGCUUUGAAUGAAUGGUUAUUAGAAUUGUAGCAAACCAUUUAGCUAAUUAUAAUAUUUGAUGAGAGGAAAAGGCAAUAUAAUUGUAACAAAUCAUAUAAAUACAGUUGACAGAAGCCAAAAUGAUUCUUAAUGACUACAUAAUAGAAUGGUACAUAUAGUUGUAUGCCUGUAAAAUUAAGGGCAAACAAAUUUUUAUAAGUUUUCUUAUGUGUUAAAUGCACAAGAAUAAUACUACUUUCUCUCUACCAGCAUGAAGAGACUAAGGAUUUUUCUAGUUAGGCUACAUAGAGAAUAAUGAGAAGUCUUAGGUUUUGUUCAUAGGUCAAACUUCUUACAGUGCUUGAUUCUGAUCUCAUAAUUAAUUUAUAAGUUGGGAGAACUUAUUUGAUGAUUUAGUACUUUAGAGCCUCUAAAGAUAAUAAAUCAUGUGGCAAUAUUCAUUAUAUAUAAAUAACCACAGCUAGAAAUCUUUCAUAUAAUGUUUAUAUUCUGAUUUCUUGCCUUCUCUCAUUUUUUCUCUUUAAGUAAUAACAAAUCCUGAUAACAAUGCUUUGAAGAUUGCUUAAUGACUUUAGUGUCAUAAUAUUGUGUGUUGUCUAUAAUUUCUAAAAUUUUAGGAGGUUGUUUCACUUUUAUCUAUUUUUUUCCAGUUUGAGCAGGAAAAUUGAAAAGUUUAUGUCUCUGUAUUUGAGUAUUUGAAUGCCACAGAGAAUCAUGACUCAACAGCCUGGGAAAGCUAUACUAUGGGAGUUCUGAGAAAAAUAAAAUUUGUCAUUUUUUAGCUUAUGGUGAGCACUGAAUAUUUUUUAGUUUUUGGUAUAUUAUAUGAGCACAAUUGAAUUUGUACUUUUUGUAAGCCCAUGUCUUUGACUAAUACACAAAAAUGAAUUCUUUUUCUUUGGUUGUGAAUCAUCAAGGACUUCCCACUGGAAAUCAUGUCUAACAUUUCUAACUUAAUGUAAGUCCCUUUGCAUACUCUCCUUCUUGGUAUCAAAAUGUAGUAAACUUUAUGACUUGUCCAUGUUCUUGAAAAGUUGGAAAUAAAAUUUAUAUUUUUUACCUGUA